UCACGGAAAGAUAAUACCGGGAACACCAGGAAGAGAGUGUCAUUGACCCACAAAAAUAAAAAUGGAGACACAUUAUUACACACAUUUCAUAAGGAAGUGUUUCCGCAAAUGAACAUUUUAAACGUAUCACGACGUAUUGGCAAGAGGAGUAAAAGGCAGACCACUACAGAUUUCCUUACGAAACUUAGGUUACGGAAAAAUAAUACCAGGAACACCAGGAAGAGAGUGUCAUUGACCCACAAAAGAUAACUGACAUCCAGGCUAUUUGUACGCUAUUGGCUAGUGAAUUAAGUUAUUUCUCCCUGGAACGAAGGUGUCGGUAUGCAUUAUGGUUGGUGGAACCUCGGACCAGGCAGACAGCAAUGAGAGACCGGGUGAAGUCCCCCUAUCCCUGCAAGACCCAGUGAAGAGUUGCUCAGCUGCACCAUCUCCCACCGCCCAAACCUACUCAGCCCAGUAGAGAUGGACCAUAAUCAGGAAGUCAGCAUACCUGCUGACCAGUGCCAAACCAAAGGAGCCACAGUGGAAGGAAGUAAGGAGCAUGAUGGAGAACAUUUGGGGGAGGACCUCGAGUAUAAGAGGAUGAAGAGCAUAAAGGAAGAGGAGCUCAUGGCUAACACAGCAUCUAAGAAGGUAAAGAAUGUCAAGGGUCAGUGUAAUGCUGAAACUGUAGCUAAGGAACCAGAAGUUGCCACUGGCAGUGACUGUACUGAGAAGAAAAAAGUGAAGAAGAAGAAGAACCCGUUUAUGCCUCACAUGAUGAACAAGGGGAAAGCGAUUAAAGCCGUCAGCACUGAGCCUGUAGAGAACAAUAUUGAGAGGAUGUCCCUCAUGGAACAGCUGAAUGAGCUUCGUUUAGCCAGAACUCAGAAGGAUGAAGAGAAGGAUCCUGAUGACCUCAUGGGAUGGUGGAGUACUGUUAAACAAUGGGAGCAGGUACCUAAAGAUGAAGAUAAUAUGACAGACAAAGAAGAGGCCAAGGCAUUCGCAGUGACGGCUGAGAAAGUUCAAAGAGGCAUUCAUGUCUUCAACCAGCUUUUCUCAGCGCAAGCUGAAGGCCUUUGGCAGCAUGUCAUUGACUUGCAUUCCAUUGCUGACAGUCUGGAUCGCUUCAACUGGAGGACCAAAGUCGCCCAGAUCACGGGGGGCUCCACCAGUGCUGUGGGUGGUUUGACGACCAUCGCCGGCCUUGCCCUUGCACCUGUCACUAUGGGAACAUCUCUCAUCAUCACAGCAGUGGGCCUCGGGGUGGCCACAGCUGGUGGCCUUACCUCCGCCUCUGCCGGGAUCUCUAACUCCGUCAACAACUCUCUGGACCGCAAGAAGGUAGAGCGCAUCGUAGAGGACUACCAGUGCAAGAUGGCCGACCUCAACAAGUGCAUGAACUUCAUAAAACAGGGGAUUGAGAACCUGCGGCGUUUCAACUUGCUAAAGAUAAAGAGGCAGACAUACAACCGUGACUUCCCUGGUCUCAGCAGCAUCUAUGAGGAUGGAGCCAUGGCCAGCAAGGCUGUGCUCAUCAAUGCCAAUGAAAUAAUGCGCGUAGUGCAGAUUGCCAAUGUGGCAGGCAGCACAGCGGCCCGGGCCGUGCAGGUGGCCAGCAUGACGACAGGCGUACUCACGGGACUCUUUGUCGGCAUGGAUGUCUUCUUUGUGGCAAAGGACUCGCAGGAGCUGCGGAAAGGUGCCAAGUCAGAGUUUGCUGCCAAGAUCAGGGAGGUGGCAGAGCAGCUGCACCAAGGACUCGUGCAGCUGAACAGCAUCCGGGAAGAGCUACAGUGCUCAGGCACUUCUGACACCUCCAUUUGCUCCACCUCCCUCCCAGACCUUCCACAAAGCACUGAGGGCAAGCCAUGAAAACCAUUUUUGAUGUGCCCUUCCAUUAACUAUUAUCUGUUAACUUCAAGGUACCGUUAAACCUCAGAUACAUUCAGGUACUUCUUCCAUAGUACCUGAAAACAGCUUAACCUUGUUUUUAAAGAUGAGGAAUGUUAAGGAGAAUAAUAACUAUAAUGAGAAUAUUUUUGAUAAAAUUGUAUUAAAAUAAGAUCCUGAAUUGCCUGCACCAAAAUCACAACAGAAGAUCAACUGAAAUAAUGCCAUUCCUUUUACAGUUUGUUGAAGGUGUGAGGUUUUAUUAGACUGAGCAGUUAGCUUGAAUUUCAGUUUUCAGCUGGGUUCUAAGAAAAUGGUAGUUAAGUAUUUUAAUGUCUUGGGAUAGUUCUAAUCACACUUAUCUGCAGCUCAUAUUUGACAUAUUUGUUGCUGUAGGCAUUUUGCUAUGUUGUUUUGGUUUAUUAUUCUCGGGGCUAUUUGUGUAUUACAUAAUGUUUUUUUUUUUUUUUUAAGUAUUUAAGCAGUCAGUUUGUUUUUCUGUGUUGUCUUUGUUCUUAUAGUUGAAUAGGUGCCUAUUUACAGUUUAUUUUGGGGCUCAUAUUUAAGUCGACUUAAGAUGCUCUCAAACUACUGAAUGUAAUAUUGAUUUUAUUUAUGAUAAUGCAGGAAUUUUGUAUGUAUUAUGAAUGCUUCUUGAAAAGUCUUAGCAGCCUGUUAGCAUUGUUUAUGCCCAUAAUGUUAUUCUAUUCUAUGAAAUGUCUUUUGUGAAUUUGAAUGUUCUGGUAUAGUGGUUCCUCCAGAUCUGUGGCUGCUGAACUGGAGUCUCGUGCUCUCUCUUCUUAUAUACCCGGUUCAGCUGAUGAAAGGCUUGGUAAUCAGCUGAUGAUUUAAGUCAUGCGGAGAAAACAACUGAGUGGAGUACAGUAGUAUCUCCAGUGGGGAAACACGUAUCCUGUGUGCUACGUGUGAUAUGAAUAUGAGUUUGACAACGUAUGUAGGAUAAUACUGAAUUCGCUGUUUGCAGCAGAGAUUGCUUUGUGAAUCGCUUGUUAUAUAAUUGGAAGAGUAAGUGCAUAACAUCGUUGAACCAAUAGCUGGAGAGAACCCAUCCGCUUUCUCUGCUUCUUCAUUACCAUUAGACUGAGAUUUAAAUCCAGAGUCAGGAAUCCAGGCAAAUCCAGAGUCAGCGUCAUUGUAACAGUCCAGGGUCAAGUUACCAACAUGGAGAGUUUGAGAAUACAUGAUAAACACACGGCAACAGAAAAGGGAAGCAAGAUAUAACAAAGAGGCUAGGAUUAACAAACGGACUAGAUUUACAUUCACAAGCAGUAGGCUAGGCUUCAACACAGACACAAGGUGGCUAGGUGGCUUUUGUGUGAUUAUGAAGAGUUAUAGAUGCCGAACAAAGGUUCUGUGUAUCUAAACUACAAAGACUGUUCACUGAUAAGGUUAUUGAACAGCACCAUCUUGUGGGCAUUAAUAUCAGGUAGCUUGUACCGUUUCAUGGCUUACUCAUGUUAUCAGCUGGUGCCGGAACAUUUCUUAAAAUAAACUACACAUUUUUUUUGUGA